AUGAAGAAGGGGAAAGCGGCGGACAUCGAGGAGGACGUGGAGUCGUCGCUUCUGCGGAUAGUGCAGGAACAUCAGCGGGCAUCCCUUCGCGCUCGAGAUCGCACAGGUUAGUUUGCCGAACGCCCUUCUUUCUCAUCUCCAUCAUCGUGUCUCGCCGAAGAUCCGGCGUAGAAUGUUUCCUCCCCCCUCGGAAAUUCCGCGCGGCCAGACUUCUCCGCUCUUCUUCAUUUUGUCGCUCCUUGCCGCCCCUCUGCUGUCUUGGUUCCUGGAAAAUUUUCGUGUUGCUAGAUGACUAGGAGCUUGACUGUUGUUAUUACCGUCCAUGUCCAUGAAUUUCCCUUUGGAAUCUAUCAUUUGCCUGAUAAGUUUUCCCCGCGACGAUCAGGUGGUUUUUCUUGGGGUUGGGGGGGAAAGAUUGAUGUGAAAAGGGGAUUAUACUCCCUGCGAUGGGCAUUUUAAUGGCAGAUUGAGCAUCGAAGGCUUUGAAUGUCUCGAGAAGGCUCGGCUUCGGGAGGGUGUAGGAUCUAGGGUUUGACAUCGGCUGAGAGAUAUCACCCUGGCAUACAUACUUCCUGUUCAUAUGCUCGUACUCACAUCUCAUAAUGGCGAUGGCUGCUGAGAGAUAUCUUGGGAGCAGAAGCCCCUCCCCCAGUUGUUCUUUCGUCUUGAGAAACUAAUCUUCUUGUGAUACAAGUUUCUUUCUCUCGGAAUAGAAGAGUUCUUAUAGAUCAGAAAUGGAAGAAAUGUCUGAGGGAUGAAAGGAAGUCCCUCUCUGAUAGAUUCACAGACUAAAACCCUGGCCCCUGAAGCAGAAGAUCAACAUCUGAACAGUUUUCACAUGAUAUAUUUUUCUUCACAUGAUAUUUUUUCUUCGCAGCUUUCAAAAUUUGUUCAGCUGAACAAAUUAACCAGCUCGCACAUGAUCUUUCCCCUGCAGAAAUUAAAAAUAUAGAUCAACAAAACUGUUCGGCUGUUCAGCUGAACAGAUGAACAGUUUUGUUGUUAUAUUUUUUUAAUAGUUUCUACAGGGAAAUCACAUAUGAAAGUGCGUAAUUUUCUACAAUGUUGUCGUUCGACGCAUAUGACUUAGUCAAUCAGUCAUGGUUCAGCUCAAUCGAAUGAUCGAGAGCUGCUACUCCACCUGGGCAUCUACAUUCUCUCGCUCGAAGAUGAUCGUCGAUGAUGAUUCCCGAGGAGUAAUCAGGAUGGCAAUGUUGGUACCGGAAGAAAUAUGUUCUAGGUUUCUAAAUUGAUGCCUCUUUUUCAAUCAGACGCUUUCUGCCUUCUACCCGGAUUCCAUACUUCUCAUUCGUCUCAGUUCUGAUGAUUUCCAUGCUCUUCUCUCAAUCGCAUGGGAUGGGAUUGAAAUCGGCUUGAACCUUGGCGCCGGCGGCGGCGGCGGCGGCGGAUGCAGAGGAGGCCAGGAGGGAGGCGCUGAGAGCUGCGAGCCGAGUCUCGGAGCUCCUGGUCGGCGCGGUGAAUGGGGGGAUCGAGGAGGCCUUCGUCAACGAGAAGCGCAUCGAGCAGGAGAUUCGAGCUCUGAUGAGCACAGCCCUGCGCUACUCGAGGCAGGCCGACCAGUGGCACUCCAUGUCCCAAGCCCUCAACUCCGCAUUGAAGGUACCGACGCCAUUCUGCUUCUUCCUUCUUCUUCGACCCGAUUUAGGGUUUCGAAAUCUCACGGGCCGACCGAAACCUCGGCAGGAGAUCGGGGACUUCGAGAACUGGAUGAAGACGAUGGACUACGACUGCCGGAGCAUCGGAGCGGCGAUCUUCAACAUCCACCGGGCCUGA